AUGGGUCAUGAAGGAGUCAAACCGCAUGCGUGUCCGGAUUGUGACCACCGAACAAUUUCUUUCGUGAACCUCCAAACUCACAUGAAGCUUGUGCAUAAGAAGAAAGUGACGAGAAAAUGGCAUACCGACGAACUGGGAACUCGCUCCUAUUCUUUGGUGUGUGAAGAACGUUUGCCAACUGGUUUACCAAAGCGUAAUGUGCCGGAGGCCGUGUCUCGUGGAUGGAAAAUGACAAGUGGAACGAUUGAAGUGUUGAUCCGUGUUCCGAUUGUGUGUGUGGAAAAUGUACGUCGGUGUUGUUUCUUGUGCGGGAUUGAAUCGGACCAGACCGCGUUCUCCGAGGAAUGUGCAUUGCCUGGAUCUGAUCAGACAGUUCACGAGAAAAUCAUUGGUCUUGCGUUGCGGAAAUCAGCACAGGACUGUGAUGACACCAAACCACUGUUCGAUGAAAAGUCCGUCGUCUGCCUCUCUUGCAUUCAAUUGGUCAGCACGAUUGAUUGCAUAGAGAAAGAAUUGACUGCUUUGACCGAAAAAGUGUGGAAUUUCCUGGGGAAGCAUUCGAAGACAAGAAGUUGUCGGGCUGUGAGACCGGUUCCGGGUAAAUCAGUUGCCCCUUGUAUACCCGAGUCGGACAAGAAGUCAGAAAAUUCUUUUGAGCAUUUUGACGAUGUGCAUUCAAAUUUGGAGGUGAAACUCUCAGAAGAAGACCAUGAUUUUGAUUGUGGAGGUGAAGAACUCGAUGAAGACUCCGGGGAUGGGGAAGAAGAAGAAGACCCUGAUUGGGGCGAAGAAAACAGGCGGGUUUCUCGUCGAGGUCGAAGUGCAGUGCAGCUUGAAGAGAAACCGUCGGAUGCUUCUUCUGGAAGGGAUAAAGUUAAAUCCACGCGUGGAAGACGACGUGUCAAGACACGUUCAUCUCCGAAAGAAGUUGCGUCUUCGUCACCAAAUGCGAGUAACGCGCGACGGAAAACAUCGUUCAAGAAAGGAAUGCAAACCAUGAACAGUAUUUUCCGUGGGGAGAAACGCAUAACUUCCUUGCGGGCUGCUAAAGUGCCGUGUCUGUUUAUGUGGUUCAAUUUCCGAUGUCGAAUUUGUCACGUCGAGUCUGACGGCCCCGAAACAUUCCUGGAACAUCACGUGAAGAAUCACGCGGGAUUGGCUCCGUUUGUGUGUCACUUGUGUUUGGCGCGUUUCGAAAAUGCCGAAGAAUUCCAAAACCACGUCGUUUUUGAAGAGACUGAAAUGGGGGCCAUGAAGGAAUUCGUGUGUUUCCCGUGCAAACAAGACUUCUCGUUACCCCACGUUAUGGAUCGCCACGUGGAGUCGGAACAUGGUCCGAAUGACUCGAGUGGGUUCGGAGGAGACGAUGAAGGCGAAGACGUGGUUGUGAAGCCUUACCAGUGCAACGAAUGCGGGGGACUGAAGUUCCGAACGUAUCAAGAUUUCAUCUUGCAUCGGACUGGGGAAUUUGAAUCCCACUUGGAACCGGAGUUUUUCAGGAGCUUCAAUUGCAUUUUCGAUGCAUCCAGCUGCGGUUUCAAGUGUCGCUCGGAAGCGGAGUUGAAGCUUCACUUGAUGCUGGUUCAUCAGUCUGAGCUUGUGUUCAAAUGUCCUCGUUGCGGGAGUGAAAAACAUGUGAAUGAAACGCAUGUUUUGAAGAAACCAUAUGAAUGUGCCAUUUGCCAGAAGCAGUUCGCUUCGAACUAUCAGCUCAGAGCUCACAAGGAAUAUCACAAGGAAAAAGACGAUCGUUUAUGUCCAAUUUGCGGGAAAACGAUCAACAGCCAGCCGAUGUCUGUCCAUAUUCGUUCGGUUCAUAACAAAGAAUAUCGACUCAAGUGUUCUUACUGCGACGAGAGGUUCAAAUAUUACACUGUCAAGACGUAUCACGAACGACGAGUUCACACCGGGGAAAGUUUGAAAUGUGAAACCUGUGGAAGAGAAUUUGCAGCCAUUUCGAGUCUGAAGUCUCAUCGUUUUCGAGUUCAUGGCGAGCGUUCUUUGAAAAUUCAUACUUGUCGCAUGUGCAACAAGGAGUUUCCAAGUCGACAGAAAUGGAAAGUGCACGAAAUGAGCCAUAAUGGCCUUAAGCCGCAUGCGUGUCCUCAGUGCGAUCAUCGAACUCUGGAAUUCAAGAAUCUCAAAACACACAUUCGCCUCGUUCAUAAAUUGAACGUGAACCGGGUGUGGCAUACGAACGAAGUUGGCCAGAAAUCGUACACUAUUGUCGCAGCCGACGUGUUUGUGGAUUGGUGUCGCAGUGACAUGGAACACAACGUUCCCGUUGUGUUCGUUGUGCCAGCGCUUGAACUCGGGUUGACUCGUGGUGCGUGUAUGAUAUGCGGUCUCGCCGCAGACCGAACGACGUCUGUCGAAUCAUGUUAUCUUCCUGCUUCCGGCAUCGCCAUGGCCGACAAGAUCCGAGAGCUUAUUCUGCGUGUUCCUGGCCCUCUUGAAGCUGAUUCUCUGGCAAACAUGAAGAGCUCCACCGUUUGUGCUGCUUGUGCCCAAUUGGUGAACACCAUCGAUUUUCUGGAAGUUGAAGCGGAGAAGAACUUCAAUCAGUUUUCAACCCUUCGGAGCUCUUCCACUGCGACAGUACCUAUCGUCAAGAUUGAGAAUUUGCCUGUCCAAGAAACCAAAGAGGUCGUCGUUGCCUUGGAUGAUUUUCGCAAAACCAGGAGCAAAACUCGGCCCACUGUAACGCCGGUGAAGAAAAUUGGGCGACGCGUAGGUCGACCUCCGAAAUCAGCGAAGAAGAAUGGUGUGAAACAGCGGAAGCGUUCGUCAAGUGAAGAAGACAGCGAGGAUUCAUUGUACGAAGCUCCUGCUGUGGCUGCCAAAAAAGUCCCGCCAGCUCGUCCGCAACGAAGAAGCACUCGGAGAAGCGUAAGCGUUGGAAACAAAACGGUUGACGAAGAUGCGGCGAAUCUCGACGAGAUAGUGACGAAGUUGGAGCAGCAGCAGCAGCAGGAGCAGCAGAAUGACGAGUCAUCAUUGUUCGACGCUGUAGUCGAAGCGUUUGAUGAGGGAUCCGACGACGAUUCCGAAGAGGAUGACGAGCAUGAGGAUCCUUGUGUGAGUGGGGAUCAGGGAUCGGAUAGCUCGAAGCGUUCCUUGUACAGCCUGGCGGUUCGAAAGGUCUUUGGUCUCACGGUGAAUCCGCAGUCGAACAAGUACAAACUCUUGCCUGGGUUGUCCAUGUGGUUCCGAUUCCGGUGCAGAAUCUGCGGAGCGGAGUGCAAAGAUCCGGAAAAUUUGCUGUCGCAUCACAACGAGCAUCACGCUUCGGAUUCGUUGUUUGCGUGUCACUUCUGUUUCAUGAAGUUCAACGAGGCGGAGGAUUUCCAGCAUCACGUGUUCUUUGAGGAGAUCAUGAAAAGCGAACAGAAAGAUUUUGUUUGCAAACACUGCGACGAGGAUUUCUCCAAUCCGAGAAGAUUAGACACUCACGCCCAGGGCUUGGAAAGUAAUGAUAAGAAAUUCGCGAUCGUGAAACCGGGGGUUGUGAAACCCGAACAUUGUUCCCCGUUCCGUUGUGACGAAUGCAACGGAAUCGAAUUUGAUACUUUUCAAGACUACAUUGUGCAUCGGACUUCGGUGAACGAGAACCACGUGGUGCCAGAAUUCCCGUUGGUUUUCCGUUGCAUCGUGACGAAAGAGUGUGAUUUCAAGGGUCGGUCGGAAGAGGAUCUCCUACAGCACGCACUCAAGGUUCAUCAGACGAAACAUGCCAUAUUUUGUCCUCGCUGUCGAUGUGCGAAGAAAUCCUUUGUCAGAACUGCAAGACACGUUGUGGAGUACGAGUACAGUCCAAAACGAUAUUGUGAUGAAUGUGCCGAAUUUUUCAGGGAUUCUGAACAAAUUGCAAGACACAAGAUGAUGACGCAUGCGAUGCGUUCUUCCCACAUUUGUGACGAAUGCGGCAGAGAGUUCUCCAGCAAAAGAAUUCUCGUUCGACACAUGUUGACACACAAGACGACAGAAGGUCCCGAGAGACCUUGUAAAUUAUGUGGAAAGCUCGUCAAAGGAUUUAUGACGGAACAUGUGCGCACAUUCCAUGCAUCUGCGAUGCGUCUGAAAUGCGAAUUCUGUGAUGCGAGAUUCUUGUAUUAUGGAACGAAGAAGAAACAUUAUGAACGAUUCCACGCGUCACAAGUCGAAGCCGAAAUGCUGCAGAAAUGGCAAUUGAAAGAUGACUCAGCCCAAGAACAAAGUGCAACAGCGGAAGGGUCAUCGAAUGAUUUGAAAUCCGCCGCGAGAAUGCAACUCUACACGGACAAAAAUUCGGAAGUCUUCAAAGUAUUCGGCAUCACCCUGAAACUGGGUUCACAUCGACUCAAAGACAUGCCGGGUUUGUCGAUGUGGUUCAAACUGCAGUGCCGACUCUGUGGGCACCAGGCUGGAAAUCCCGAAGUAUUCCUUAAUCACCACAAGCAGCACCACGAACCAGCGGCUCUCUUCGUGUGCCAUUUUUGCUUGUCUUCUUUCAACGACGCCGAGGAAUUUCAGAAUCACGUCUAUUGCGAGGAGCUGUUGAAGACUGUGCGGAAGGAUUUCAUUUGCUGCUUGUGCAAUGUGGACUUGUUGAACCCGAGGCGACUGGAUGUACAUAUGCAGACUGUCCAUGGUGCGGACCAGAGUUCAAUGGAAGAAGUCACGUGGACGCCGUUUCGUUGUGACGAGUGCGACGGACUUCCGUUCAAAUCUUACGAAGAAUUCAUUUAUCAUCGGGCUGGAGAUCAUCCUAAUCAUGUGGUGCCCGAGUUUUUGGAGGUCUUUUCUUGUGCCACCACACCCGGUUGUAUGUUCAAGGGUCGCAAUGCGGAGGAGUUGUUGGAACAUUCUGAUAAAGUUCAUGACAACAAAAAGCCUUUCGUUUGUCCGCGUUGUAAAUGUGAAAAGAAAACAUUCCGACGUAUUGCCAGGCAUAUUGUUGAGCUGGAAUACAAUCCAAAACGCUAUUGUGAUGAAUGUGGAAUAUUCUUCAAGGACUCGGACCAAGUUGAAAGACACAUAAACAUCACUCACCUGAAACGGUCUCCGCAUGUUUGCGAAGAGUGUGGGAAAACGUUCAUUUCCAAACAUCUUAUGAAGCGGCAUAUGCAGCAUCACAAGCCUAGAUUGGACAAACUGUGUCCGAUUUGCGGCAAAUGUGUCAAGGGAUUCUUGUCUCAUCACGUACGAGCAUUUCAUAAUCGCGAAAAACGAUUGAAGUGUGAAUUGUGUGACGAGAGGUUCCUGUACUACAGCUCGAAGAGAAAACAUUUUGAUCGGGUUCAUGCGGUCAGAGACGAGAAGUAUCCUAAUACAUGCAAGGAAUGCGGGAAGACUUUCGCCUGUCUUGGGAAUCUAAAAUCUCAUCUGUUCACUGCUCAUGCAAUCCGCGGUGUGACGACGUAUCCUUGCGAGAUAUGCGGCAAGGAAUAUACAGAAAAAAGACGUCUUGAAGAUCAUCAAUUACGCCAUCAGGGCGUAGAACGUCAGCCUGCUGAUCAAGACUUGUUUCUUUGAGGGAUAGUUGCAUCAUAAACAUUGAUGAUAUUCAUCAUGAGACCUGGGAUUUCCCCCCCGAGUAUUCCAUUCACAAUGGUUUGUAAAUUUUGUAAACAACUUAAGACGACUUUUUUUUAUUGUGAAAAACUGCAUUUGAUUUUUGUUUUAAUUUUGAGCUUGGUAUUGAGCCUGUGGAUUGUAUUAGUGAAGGUAUAAAUUAUGUGGAUGUCUUGUCAGACAA